AUGACGGACGCGCUGGUCCGGGGCGUGCGCGAGUCGAUCGCGCUGGAGCGGCAGGAGGCGCUGGCGCUGCGCGACGCGCUCGAGUCGGCCUCGCUGCACUCGGCGCAGUCGCAGGGCCGGCUGUACGAGACCGAGCGGCGGCUGCGCUUCACCGAACGCUACGUCAAGCGGCUCGAGUGCCACCUGGCCGAGAUCGAGGAGAUGGCGGAGCAGUACGGCAAGCAGCAGCGGUUGCGUGACGCCACCGAGCGGCUGGCGGCCGCCUUCAGCAGCAGCGGCGGCGCGCAGAGCCAGCGGGGCCUCUCGCAGGCCCGCUCCGGCUUCAAAGAGUGCACUGAGGAGAUGUGCCUGAUGGAGGCCCAGCUGGAGAACAAGAUGGGCACGCUGCUGUUCGAGCUCAAAGGCAUCCAGGGCUUCGCGCGGCUGUGCGCCGGCGACGUGUACGAGAUCUGCGUGCGCCUGGGCGGCCAGGAGUGGCGGUCGCGCGCCACCGUCGGUCGCGAGCAGGAGCAGCGCUGGAGCCGGCCGCGGCGCGUGCUGCGGCCCACGCUCUCCGACCAGCUGGUCAUCAAGGCCUCCGAGGUGAAGACGUUAGGGAAGCACGUGCUGGGCACGAAGGUGUGCGAGAUAGGGGAGCUGCUGAGCGCGCACACGCAGCAGAUGGUGAUCUACCUCAACUCGACCGGGUCGCUGAAGCUGACGCUGAUCGUGACCUGGAGCGCGAUCGAGGCGUUCCCGGAGGAGACGCUGAGUCGACAGGCGUCGGCGUCGAGCCCGAGCCUGCGCCGCCGGCCCACCAUCAACUCGCCCCGGCUGGGCGGCGACGCUCGCCCCGCCGCCGCCGCCGCCGCCGCCGCCACCGCGGCUGAUACGUACGUGGACGGAAGCGACUCCCUGCUGCUGCCGGCCGACGUGGCCUCCCCCGAUCUGUCUGUGGACUCGUCCGACUCGCAGACGCUGCCCAACUCGACGCCAGACAUCCUGCGCCGCUCCGCGGGCCCCGCGGCGGACCGUUCGCCGGAGCGCGACAGCUGCAGCAGCGCCGACAGCGUGGAGGCGGCCGAGCCGGACGGCGACGACGGCAGCGCCGCCUACACGCUCCAGAAGCGACCCGAGAUGCGCCGCGACUGGUUCGCCACCGUCGAGCGCAAGAACCGCGCGCGCCGCGAGCAGCAGGCCGCCGAGCAGCAGGUCCGCUCCAGGCCCGUCCACUGA